AAACCCUACCCCGCGACUUCCCUCCGGUUGCUUCCGCCGAGCGACUUCCAAUCCAGUCUCCCUCGAUUCCGCCGGCCCGAUCGCCUCGAUCAAUCUCGUCCCCCGCUGCGCCCUUCCGUCGGUUGGAGAUGGCCAAGACUUGCUUCAAGACCGAGCACCCCCUGGAAAGGAGGCAAGCUGAAUCUGCUAGGAUCCGUGAGAAGUAUGCUGACAGAAUUCCGGUGAUCGUUGAGAAGGCUGAUAAGUCUGAUGUCCCGGAAAUUGAUAAGAAGAAGUACCUUGUCCCUGCCGACCUCACUGUUGGCCAGUUUGUCUACGUGGUGCGGAAGAGGAUCAAGCUGAGCCCAGAAAAGGCCAUCUUCGUCUUUGUGAAUAGCACCUUGCCACCGACUGCUUCGUUGAUGUCAGCGAUCUAUGAAGAAAACAAGGACGAGGACGGCUUCCUGUACAUGACUUACAGUGGCGAGAACACUUUCGGCUCCGCCUAAUCCAUGUGCGCUGCCACUGUAAAUAAAUGAAGGAUGUUCAGGUUGCGACGUCUGUGUACAUACUAUCACUAGUAUGCUGGUGGAUUGCCCUCAUGGUUUAAUGCUUUUAAGUGUGGUAUUUUAUCAUCUGAAUGUUAGAACGGCCUGUAAAACUCUUAUCUAUUACUCUCGUCUGGUUUAUGUUCCUCAUGCUCUGGGAUGAUUUCAAUCGCAAAUUACUGGCAGCAGAACCGAGUUUUUUUUAUAUUAUAUUGUUUCA